CUUUAACUCCACUCGCAUGUUACUCGUGUCAGGUUCUGUCCCUCGUGCUGACACCGACGGAGCGAACCCACCCAACCCGAGUCCGUCACAUUCGCCUCCUCGGCUUGAUAACUUCACUCAUAUCUCCAAUUAUUAUUAUUAUUAUUAUUAUUUUUCUAUUCAUUUCACCGCGAACUCAGCCAGUUUGCGGUUGACCGAGCCCGCCCACAGACGCAGUGUUUACAUGUUGGACAGACACCGGGCAGGAAAAGCAAGUGAGCCGCACCGCAGAUCAGAAGUCACACCAGGUUCAUCGGAACUAUUAACUGUCACACCAGGUUCAUCGGAACUAUUAACUGUCAACAGCAGGUUUUCCGUUUUUUUUUUCCAAUUCUUGGCGGCGACAUCUCUGAGCUGACGACAUGACGGAAGAACUCGAGCGAAUUCUUCUGCAGCUGACACAGCCCGACAAUGAAGUCAUUCAGCAGGCCACAGCCCAGCUGAAGCAGGCUUUCAAAGACCCGGCCAUUAUACCGGCCCUGUGUGUCGUCAUGAGUGGCUCCCAGAACCCCCAGAUUCGUCAGUCAGCCGCAGUGAUGCUGAGGUUGAGAGUGAAGAAACACUGGAGCAAGAUCACCCCCAGUGACAGAGAGAGCCUUAAGGGGGUGGUGUUGCAGGCCUUCAUGCAGGAAACGGAACACACGGUGCAGCACUCGCUCUCCCAGCUGUGUGCAGUGAUGGUGAAACACGAGACGCCGGACCGCUGGCCCGCCCUGCUGGAGUUCCUCAAUCAGUCCACCAAGAGUGACAACCCUCAUGACCGACAGGUCGGCCUCCUGCUGCUGAAUAAGGUGAUGGACUCCAACCCGGAGCCUUUCAAGCCUCACUACUGCCAGCUGCUGCAGCUGUUCAGUGCCGUGCUGCAAGACCACAACAACCCCACAGCCCUGUACUACUGCAUCCUCACCCUCACGGCCAUAACUGCAUACACUGGCACAGAGGAGAUGAACCAGAUGCGAUCUAUUAUCCCAAGUCUGAUUGUCGCUCUGAAACAACUCAUCAAGGCAGAUCAGGACCAAGCCAGUGAGGCCAUGGAGGUGUUUAAUGAGCUCAUGGAGAGCGAGGUGUCCAUCAUCGUCCCUCAUGUCGCUGAAAUUGUCCGCUUCUUCUUGGAGGUGGGCAGUGAUGCCACACUGAGUGACUCUUUGCGGGUGAAAGCUCUCUCUUGCAUCACCUUCCUCAUCAAGUUGAAGAGCAAGACUGUGCUGAAGCAGAAGCUGCUGAACCCCAUCCUGCAGGCCAUCUUCCCCGUGCUCGUCGCAGCUCCCCCACCCGGUGAGCAGGACCCAGAGGACGACGAGGACGACAGCGGAGACAGCGCAGACAACGACAAUCCCAAACAUUGUGCGGCACAGAUUAUCGACACUAUGGCGCUCCAUAUGCCUCCGGAGAAACUGUUCCAACAGUUGAUGCCCCUCACUCAGGCCUGCCUCGCCAGUGAUAACCCCUAUCAGAGGAAGGGGGGUCUCUUGUGUCUUGCAGUGCUGGCCGAAGGAUGUGCUGACCACAUACGCACAAAGAUGUUGUCGCAGAUGCUGCAGGCGGUGUGCCAGAGUCUGUCUGACAGUAACCAGGUGGUGCGCUGUGCCGGACUUUUUGCCCUGGGACAGUUCUCUGAACAUUUACAGCCUGAAGUGAGUAAGUACUGUACGGAGCUGAUGCCGUUGCUGUUGGGAUACCUUUCGUCGUUGAACCAGGCCAAGGUCGGCCACGUCACCAAGGCCUUUUACGCCCUAGAAAAUUUCCUGGAGAACCUAGGACCAGAUAUUGAACCGUACCUGCCCACGCUGAUGGACACAAUGUUUUCAGCCCUCAACAACACUGAAAACCUCAAGAUAAGAGAGCUCGCAGUGUCCGCCAUAGGGGCCAUCGCCAAUGCUGCCAAAGAGCUGCUGGUUCCUUACUUCCCUCCGGUCAUCGAAAGCCUCAAGGGCUUCCUGACUGCCACCACUGAAGAAAUGAGGUCACUACAAACUCAGUCAUUGGAUACCCUCUCUGUGUUGGCCCGCACCAUUGGCAAAGACGUCUUUGGUCCUCUCGCUGCGGAGUGCGUUCAACUCGGCCUCAACCUUACCGACACCAUCGACGACCCCGACCUGAGACGCUGCACGUACAGUCUAUAUUCUGCUGUAUCCACAGUUAGCCCCGACUGUCUGACUCCUCACCUCACCGCCAUCACGACAGUCAUGCUGCUCGCCCUCAAGUCGAAUGAAGGCAUCACGGCUCACCUUGAGGAGGACAAGACAUUUGUGCUGCUGGAUGAUGACAACGAGGACGACAAAGAAGAGGUUGAUUUAGAGGAUUUUCCAGAAGAUGAGGCUGAGGUGGAGGCGGACAUCCACGAUGUUGCUGGGUUCAGUGUUGAGAACGCCUUCAUCGACGAGAAGGAGGACGCCUGUGAUGCACUGGGAGAGAUUGCCUUCAACACAGGCGCUGUCUUUCAAGUCUUCCUGGAGUCCAGCUUCCAGCAGGUUUACGAGAUGAGAGAUUUUCCACACGAGGAUGUCCGCAGGGCAGCGUUCGGAGCCAUGGGCCAGUUUUGUCGAGCUCAGCACAAAGUGUGGAAAGAGAAUCCCUCGGAGGUCAACCACCAGGCUCUACUGAAGCUUCUGGACUUGGUGCUGCCUUGCUUCGUGGAAACGGUUCGGGCAGAACAAGAGCGCCAGGUUGUGAUGGCCAUCCUGGAAACCAUGAACAACGUCAUCAAGUCCUGCAAGGAGGAGGUUUUCAGAGACCCCUCACGCCUCAAGCAGAUCAGCUACGUCAUCCGAGAUGUGCUCAAGAAGAAGACUGUUUGUCAGGAUGGUGGUGCUGAUGAAGCUGAUGAUGAAGACCAACAGGCGGAGUAUGACGCCAUGCUGCAGGAGUUUGCCGGAGAGGGAAUCCCCUUGUUGGCCUCCUCGGUCCCUGCAGACAGCUUCGCCCCGUUCCUCAACGACCUGCUGCCUCUGAUCAUGAGCAAAGCUAAAUCCUCCUGCACAGUGGCAGAACGCUCCUUCUCCGUAGGCACUAUAGGAGAAAUCCUGCAGUCCCUCGCAAGUGUAUCUGGGGGCCGUGGAGUGGCAGGUCGACUGUCCAAUCGUUUGCUCCCUGUGCUCGUGGCAGGGGUGAGGGACAGCGACGCAGAGGUCCGCAACAACAGCGUGUUUGGACUGGGAUGUAUGGCCCAGGCAGCUGGACCCAUCGUUGUCUCAGACUAUCCCAUGAUGCUGUCUGUGUUUUCCAACAUGCUGACCAAAGAGUCCGACCUCCGGGUGAUUGACAACCUGUGCGCUGCCCUCUGCAGGAUGAUCCUGAGUAACAUCGAUGCUGUUCCUCUGGAGCAGGUGGUGCCUGCUCUGGUGGAUCGUCUUCCCCUCAAAGAGGACCUGGAGGAGAACAAGACGGUGUUCAGCUGCCUUGCCUUGCUCUACACACACAGUCCUGCUCUGAUUGUGAAGCUGAUGAAGCCCAUAGUCGCAGCAUCCAGUCAUGCCCUGGGCAACAAGAACGUUGAUGAAGAAGCCCAGUGUACCGCGGCUACGCUGAUGAGGGAGUUCGCCCAGCGCCACUCGACAGACUUUCAGUCAGCCGUGAUGUCUCUUGCCGGAGAGCAACAGGCCAAACUCAGCGCAGUCAUCUCCGCCUCGUAGCCAACGUGACCGCCAGCCGAAACUAUACAUUUUUAUACUCCAUGUGGAAAAUGGGACUGUUAUUGGUUACGUUUCCCUAAAAUACCAUCUCGAUACAGGACUUCAAAUAUCUACUAUAAGUAUUAUUACAUUCAGCCAGAAUUUGAACCAUUAAUUUAUUAGCUUAUUUCCAUGGCCUUUAGAAGUUUUAUUGUUUUAAAACUUCUGGUUAACAUCCUGUGUUGAUACCAUUGUAUUUAGUUUUCCUGUCAUUCCUAUAAGGCACUAUUAUGAAUUGCUACUGUCCCCUUUCCACUGUUUAGACGGACCUCUGGUUUUGCUCUCCGAAUGUGAAGCAUUGAAUUUGAUCUCCCGAUAAAUGCGAUAUUCCAUC